AUGCUGCAGCAGCAGCUCGUCUCCGGAGCAGCAAAAAACAUGGAAGAGACAGCAAUUAAAAUUCUCUCCGCUUAUGGACAUGGCGGGGUUUGGGAGUCUCUUUUGUCUGUGUUCGAUUCCCCGCGGGCCUCCACUUUUGCUGCUGGGGCCAGCCCCGCAGCAGCAGCAGCAGCAGCUGCUGCUGCUGCGACCGCGAACAACACGCCCGCAGCCGCAGCAGCGGAAACCGCCAAGGCGUACCUGCACAGACAGCAGCAGCAGCAGCAGCAGCAGCUGCAGUUAGCCGGAAGACCCACAGGGAAUGCUGCGCUGCAGCAGCUGCUGGUGACCCCCGAGGCUUCCGCCAGCCAACCGCCAGCAGCAGCAGCAGCAGCAGCAGCAGCAGCAGCGGGCGGGGGCGGCAGCCCUCCGGCCGUGUCUGCUGCGCUGCAGGCGUACGGGUGCCCCCCGGGCGUGUCGGCUGCUGCUGCUGCUGCAGCAGCAGCAGCAGCAGCAGGCGUGGCAGGCGGAGACCCCAGCAUCGAUAUGGCAGCAAGAGUCAGCAGCGGGACUUGGCUUGUCUACAGAUAUGAACUUUGCAGAAGUCACUUUUUGCUGGACAGCUACAUAAAGGCUUUAUUUCGUUUCUCGCUGCUGCAGCAGCUGUUUCACUCCCACUGCGUGAGUCAGCAGCUGCAGCUGCGGCUGCAGCAGCAGCUGCUGCUGCUCCAGGAGAAACGCACCAGGAGCAGCAGCCCCACCCACGGGCCCGCCGCCCAGGUCCCGGCAGCAGCAGCAGCAGCAGCAGCAACAGCAGCCGCUGCUGCCAGCAAGCUGCCGGCGCUGCCCAUGGCGCCGCAGGAACUGCAGCAAGAGCUGCAAAGCAUCCGCCGAGAUUUGCUGCUGGGCGUUGCUGCUAUAUUUGAAGAGAUACAGGACGACCGCUAUUUGCUGCCGGUGCUGCAGCAGCCGCCACAGCCUCCAGUGCAGCAGCAGCAGCAGCAGCAGCAGCAGCAGCAGCAGGCGGCGCAGCAGCAGCGCCAGCGGGACGGGGCUCAGUCGCCGCCGUCUUCUUCCGCGGCUUCGCCGUACAGCGACACCAUCAGCAGCAGCAGCAGCAGCAGCAGCACAGCAGCAGCAGCAACUGCUGCUGCUGCUGCAACAGCAGCAGCCCUUGCUGCGUCGGAAGAGCCGACGGGAUCUCCCUCCGGCUGCAGCAGCCCGGUGGGCGUCCGCUCUUCGGGAGCAGCAGCCACCGGAGAAGCAGCAGCAGCAGCAGCAGCAGCAGCAGCAGCAGCAGGGGGGCUGGCUUUAGAACUGGAGUAUCUGUCGCCCGUGGGCAGAGAAGGCAGCAGCUGGCUUGUUGCAGCAAUUGAGGGCCACUUGCUGCUGCUGCGGUCUCACCGCUGCUGCCAAGAAGGAGGCUGGUGGUCCACUGAGUUUCUUUCUCGGCGAGAUGUCCGGACCACUGUGCAUGCAGAUUUGUUUUUGCUGCUGCCUCUUUCGGUGCUUUGUGGGGCGCUGAAGCGCCCCUGCAGCUGCAGCAGCAGCAGCAGCAGCAGCAGCAGCAGCACGGGCAGCAGCAGCACCAGCAGCAAGUGCACCACCAGCGACGCGACCGACGCCGCGGCGUCGCCCGCCGACAGCUCCGACGCAGACCGGCAGCAGCAGCAGCAGCAGCUGCUGCUGCUGCAGCAGCAGCAGCAGCAGCAGCAGGAACAGUGCAGGUGCUCCUGCCCAGCGCACGCCCAACUGGCCGCCGUAUUUGAAGAGCAGGAGGGGGAGCUGAUGAGCAGCCGCUGCAGCGCAGCAGCAGCAGCAGCAGCAGACGACAACUGCUCGCAGCUCUUCGACUGCAGCAAAAGAGGUGCUGCGCUGCUGCUGCCUGUGGCUUUAAGAGACACAGCAAACGUGUUGUUUUGCCCCUGCAACUUCGUGACGCGGCUGGCGGUGCUGCGGCCGCAGCAGCAGCUGCAGCAGCAGCUGCUGCUGCUGCACCAGCAGCUGCUGGACCCCCUGCUGCCGCUGCUGCCCCUUUCUGUUGCUGCUGAUUGGAAAAGAGAUAGUGUUAAUGGGGGGCCCUUUUUGCUGCCUUCUUCUGAAGUCUCGCGGCUGCGGACUCUGUCUCGAAUAGCAGCAACAGCUCCCUGGUGGCACGCGCGGGCGCGGCAGAUCUACGAGCAGCAGCAGCAGCAGCAGCAGCAGCAGCUCGCGCUGCUCCCCGCGCAGCAGCAGCAGCAGCAGCAGCAGCAGUACCUGCAGCAGCGAGUCCCCAUACAGCCCCUCGUCAAGCGCUGCAGGUACUGCAGCUAUUCGGGUCUUGCUGCUGCUGCGGAUUUGGUGCAGUCCGUGGAGCAGUCGGUGCUUGCUGCUGCUCAUUGCUGCAGCUGCUGCAGCAGCAGCCCCUUCCCGCCCGCCCCCGUCCCGGUGGACCCAACUGCUGCUGCCAUUGCUGCUGCUGCAGCAAGCAGCAGCAGACACAGAAAGCCCCUCACUGCAGAGCAGCGCCGGCGGGCGCGUGCUGCUGUUGCUGCUUUCAUUACAGCAGAAGAGCGCUGCGAGGCAGCAUUUGCUGCUGCAGCAACUGCAGCACAGAGCAGCAGCUGCAUGGGCAUGCUGCUGCAGCAGCAACACUUGGCGGCCCAGCAGCAGCAACAACUGCUGGUGCAGCAGCAAGCAGCUGCUGCUGCUGCAGCAAGGAUGCAUGCGUCGGAUUUGUCAAGAGCAGCAAGUUCACCUCAGGGAGUUCUCUCGCUGCUGUCAUCUUUUGCUGCUCAGCAUCAGCUCUCUUCGCUGACUCCGCAGCAGCUGCUUGUGCCUCCGUUUGUGCAGCAGGUGCAGCGCAUGCAGCAGCAGCUGCUGCAGAUGCAGCAGCGGCUCAUAGGCAUGCCGCAGCAGCAGCGGCUGCCGCAGCAGCCGCAGCCGCAGCAGCAGCAGCUCCUAAUCCAGCAGCAGCAACAAAGAUUCCCCCAUCAACUCCCGCCAUACACCCAAACGCAGCACCAGCAACAGCAGGUGCAGCACCCCCAGCUGCAGCAGCAGCAGCUUCAGCAGCAGCAGCUUCAGCAGCAGCAGCUCCAACAGCAGCAGCUCCAACAGCAGCAGCAGCUGCAACAGCAGCCGUACCAGCAGCAGCGGAAUCCCAGACUGCACCCGCAGGAGCAGCAGCACCUGCAGCUGGCUCACCAAGGCGACCACCAGGAGCAGCCACAGCAGCAGCAGCAGCAGCAGCAACAGCCGCAGCAGCAGCAGCAGCAGCAAGUGCUGCAAAUGCAGCACUUUCAACAACAGCAGACGCUGCAGCAAGUGCAGCACCAGCAGCAAUUGCAGCAGAUCUACAGACCGCCGCGGUCUCGCACACUGGACGGCGGCAGCAGCAGCAGCAGCAGCAGCACCGGAGCUGAACAGCGGAGAAGCAGUGGCAGCAGCAACAGCAGCAGCGCAGGGGCCACGUGCUUGGAGAGCUCCUUAGCACCGUUGGAUCCUCAGCAGCGGCCGCUGGAGCAGCAGCAGCAGCAGCAGCAGCAGCAGCAGCAGCAGCAGCAGCACCUUCAGCAGCAGGUGCUGCUGCACGGAGAAGAGAGCUUCAUGGUGCGGCAGCCAGAAACUGAGAGGCGCAGCAGCCGGCACAGCUACAGCAGAGACAGCAACAGCAGCAACGGCAGCGGCAGCAACGGCAGCAGCAGCAAAGCUGGUGGCAGCAGCGGGGCUGGUCACUCCAGCAGUAGAUCUAGGGUCUCACGCACCGCGCAGCAGCAGCAGCAGCAGCAGCAGCAGCAGCAGCAGCAGCAGCAGCAGCAGCAGCAGCAGCAGCAGCAGCAGCAGAAGCCGCCGCAACUGCAGCCACAGCUGCAGCCUCUUCCUCAGCAGCAGCAGCAGCCGCAGCCGCAGCAGCCGCAGCAGCAGCAGCAGCCGCAGCAGCAGCAGCAGCAGCAGCCGCAGCAGCGGACUGCAGCUGCGCAGCCACCUUCACGGCGGUGGUGCGACAGUAUCGAUGACAGCUGCGACGAAUACUAUGGCUUUCCACAGGAGCAGCAGCAGCAGCAGCAGCACCAGCAGCAGCACCAGCAGCAGCCGGAGCCACAGCAAGUGCAGCAGCAGCAUCUGCAACGGCAACAGGAGCAGCAGCAGGAGCAGCAGCACGAGUCAGUUGCCGCUGGUGUUGGUCAUGUUGCCCCAGAGCUGCUCUUUCACAGCAACAGCAGCAGCAACAACGUGAGCAGCAGCAGCAGCAGCAACGGCGACUGCAGCAACCGCAGCAGCAAAGGAAAUGGUGUGACUGGUCGUGCAGCGGAGGUGCGCAAUAGCAGCAGCAGCCACGGGAGCAGCAACAACCACGGCAGCAGCAGCAGCCACGGCAGCAGCAACAGCCAUGGUAGCAGCAGCAGCCACGGCAGCAGCAGCAGCAGCAGCAGCAGCAAGGGUGAUGCGUUUGCGGCAGCGGCAACAGCACAAGACAACGAGGCCACCUCUCCGUCAGCAGCAGCAGGAACAACUGCUGCAGCUGCUGCCGCAGACAAUGAUGCGGCGUCGCCCUCAGCAGCAGCAGCAGCAGCAGCAGCAGCAGCAGCACAAAGGAAGCAACCGAAAGAUCGCGUUCCUUUGAAGCACAGAGCUGAGAAGCAGCUAUAUGUCCCCGGGGCCCUUCGGCGGCAGCGGCAGGAGCAGCAGCAGGGGCCUUCUGCUGCAGCUGCUGCAGAAGCGCCGGUGGCGGCCUCUGCUGCUGACGCCAGCAGCAGCAGCAGCAGCAGCAGCAACGGAAACGGCUGUGCGGCCGCGGGAGACCACAGCAGCACAGCAGGGCCUCUCUUUGCUGCCUCUGCCCCUGCGGCUCCCGUCUCGACAAAUGAAGAAGUGCGGGGAGCUGCUGCUGCUGCUGCUGCUGCUGCUGCUUCUGGUCGCCGCCCCGCAGGAGCAGCGGCAGCAGCAACGCUUAAGGACGAAGCCCGCAGCGGCAGCUGCAGCAGCAGCAGCAGCAGCAGGGACAGAGACUCGAUGCAGCAGCGGCACUGGCUUGUUGAGCAGGUGCAGUGGCGAGUCUUUCACCGCUUUUCUGCUGCGUCAGCAGCAGCGGGAGCAGCAGCAGCAGCAGCAGCAGCGCCUGUGCCGCCACUCUCGCCAGCAGCUGCAGCAGCAGCAGCAACAGCACCUCUGUCGCCGGCGCUUUCACCCGCAGCAGCAGUGUCGCCUUCUGCUGCUUCUGCUGCUUCUACGGACCGUUCUGGUUUCUCUGCACGACUUGAACAUGGAGCAGCAGCAGCAGCAGCAGCUGCUGCUGCUGCUGCCAGUGCAGCUGCAGCGCGAGGUAGACGGGACUCUGCUGCCGAAGGGCGCAGCAGCAAGAGCAGCCACAGCAGAAAUGGCAGCAGCAACGCCAGCAGCAAUAGCAACCACGCGGGCCCGAACCACAAUUUUGCUGCUGCUGCUGACGCUGCGUCAGCAGCAGCAGCAGCAGCAGCAGCAGCAGCACCAGGGAGGCAGCCAAUAACACGCCUGCAGUCGAACACAAGUGAAGAAGGCAGCAGGUGGAGCUGCAGCAGUCCCUACAGCAACAGCAACAGCAACGGGCGCAGCAGCAGCAGCAGCAGGAGCGGCAGCAAUCUGCCUUCGAGAAGCAGCAAGAGCCGACCUAGCAGCAGCAGCAGCAGCAGCAGCAGCUGCGCAAACAAGGGCCAAGUGAGGCUGCUGCACGUGGCACUUAAUGGCAUGCGGCGCUGCGAUAGAAGCACCCCGAGCCCCACACAGCAGCAGCAGCAGCAGCAGCAGCAGCAGCAGCAACAGCAACAGCAGCAGCUGCUGCGAGAGCCAGCUCUGCACGCUGAAGGGAAGCCCUCAUUUCUGCUGCCGACGCGAGUGAGUGAAGCGGCGGCGCAGCAGCUGCUGCUGCAGGUGCAGCAGCAGCAGCAGCAGCUUUCCCGCUGCUGCAGCUGCCUUUGCAGCUAA